CACCAGCCUCCCACUGGAGGAGGAGACAUCAACACGUCAUGUGUGCACUGGUGUGGCUUCUAUAACACUCUGCAAAGCUUUCUCCGAGGAUCCAAACCAACAGCUCUUUUGUAGAGAGCAACACAUCUGCUGAGACAUGCAAAGCCCUCCCAAGCCUCAGUUUGCCAGUUGGCUCAUAGAGCAGGUGGAGACGGGCCAGUACACGGGCCUGCGCUACGAGGGCCAAAACAAGUUCAGAGUCCCCUGGAAGCACAACUCCAGAAAGGACUGCAACGAGGAGGAUAUUAAAAUAUUCCGGGCCUGGGCAGUAGCAAGUGGCAAAAUCAACGACUUCCCCACCGACAAGGCCAGGUGGAAAACCAACUUCCGAUGCGCUCUGAACAACCUCUCGGUGCGCUUCAAGAUGGUAGAAGAUAAUUCCAAGAACUCUGACGACCCUCAUAAAAUCUAUCAGAUCAUCAACACUGAGUCAGACAACUAUGAACGUCUGCCAACACAAGCGUCUCAGGAGGAUUCUGACAUGCCUCAAGAUAUCUACAGCGUCCCCACAGAGCGCUUCCCCUCAGGAAAUGAGCUUAAUCUGCUUAACAAUUUCAUGGCCUUGGAUCUUGGCAACCAGCCACAAGAGGAGCAACUGUGGGUAGAUGACUAUGGUCAGCACAAUCCAGCUGUCCCUGGAAGCUAUCCUGUAGCAGCUGAGAACCACCAAGAGCUUUUAUCAGAUCAGCCUGCUUACUGCGAGGUAAAUCCUCCGCCAGUCCUCAGUUCACCUAUGCAGCCAAGUAUAUACGACCUGGAGAUCUCCAUUCACUACAGGAAAAAAGAAAUGCUAAAGACCACAUACACCACUGCCCUUCUCCAGCUCCACUACCACCAGGAAGCCCCUGAACUCAACGCCCAUCACCUCUGCUUCCCCUCCACUGACGGCCUGCUGGACCAAAAACAGGUUGAGUACACCAACCGCAUCCUUAACAGCAUCCAGAGAGGUCUAUUACUGGAGGUACGGGACACUGGGAUCUAUGCCUGGAGGCAGGACCGGUGCCAUGUGUUUGCCAGCACCAGUGAUCCCAGUUUGGCUCACCCAGACCCAACCAAGCUGCCCCAGAACACCAUGGUGGAGCUCCUCAGCUUUGAGAAUUAUGUGAAUGAACUGAAGCACUUUAAAGAGAGCAACGGUGCCUCUCCUAACUACUCCAUCAACAUGUGCUUUGGAGAGAAGUUUCCUGAUGGAAAACCUUUGGAGAAGAAGCUCAUCGUAGUCAAGGUGGUCCCUCUGAUCUGUCGACACUUUCAUGAGAUGGCCCAGAUGGAGGGGGCUUCGUCUCUCCACAGCGCCAACGUCAGCCUACAGAUCUCACAGAACAGCCUCUUCGAUCUAAUCAGCUCUAUCUUCAGUCUGCCGAUAGUUGAAGAGCCGGCACGAGCUGCUGCGCCUUUUCUACCUCAGAUCUGAUGUGUUAUCUCUAACUUGUUCCUAAUGGGACCAUUUCUACUACCUGCUGGACCACACCCUGCCUUUACCUAAAGCUUCACUUAAAAAUAGCCAAACUGGUGACCUAUUGAAUGUGUUAAGAGUAGAUGAAGCAUAAUGAUGUGCCAUUAUUGAUCAACUGUUACUCCAGCUUUGCAUUAUCUCUUGUUCACAUUAGUCACAAACUGACACUUUAUCACUACAUAAGUAGAAAUGAACUCCUCCACUGUUGGAUUGUUACAUUACUCAACUCAAAGGCCUUGCCUUGGAAUAAACCUUUAUAUGAUUACUGUAAAUGUCAAAUCAUCUGUUAAUGAAAUGUAUUGUUGUAUUUGAUAUAUGUAUGUAUUAACCAAAUGAUGCCUAACAUGAUGGGAAAUCCUUUCUAACAUGUUAAGUGUUUGGUUUUUGAUCACAUAUUUAUGAGCUUGUAAAAUGCAAAUGGAAGUUAAAUAAUGUAUAAGGAAGAUUUUUUAUGUGUCAUGCAGGCAUUACUGCAAUAUACUGUAUAUCCAUAUUUGUGGUGAAUUGUUUUGCACUUCAGAAUUUGUUACUCUGCUGGUCAUUUUUGCACUUUUCAAACUAAAUAAACCUUACUGGCAUUAUUUAGAUUUCCAAUAAACUGUUAACUGUAA